GGAGAGUGCACUAUCUGAUAUUCUGCAAGGAAACACGGUGUUUUCUUGGGCUAAAACAAUAAUUUGGGUAAUUUGUAAGCGGAAGAAUAAUAAUGGGACGUAAUUUCCGGUUGUCUUUUCCGUGCCCGCCCCCUGCAUGCAAACCGCGGAUUUUUGAAAAUAACGACCUGCGUGAAUCGAAGGAGUUGUCUUUAAAACAUAUCCAUAACAAAACGUCAUGAUGUCCAUCACCGACCCAAACAUGAGCGAUAGGUUUACAAGUGCAAUGGAGGAGAUCCACAACAAGCAGCUUAAAACCUAUGCAGACAUAAUUGACACAACUGCAGACUUGGCCCAGUCCCACAAGCAUUUUGUGAAUUCAGCACUUGAUACAUGUUUAAAGAAGUGUAAGGAUGAUGACAUACUAUUUGAAACAAUACAGACAUUCAAAAAAGACCUGGAACAAAAAAAUGUGGUGUUGAAAGAGAAACGGCACGCCAUAUCUGAAGUGAUGUCUGAGAUUCAGGAGAAGGAGAUGCAGAAAGAGGACAUUAUCCAGAAGAUUGAGAAGCUUAAAGAAGAACAAAAGAAGAGAAAAGAAUUGAUCGAAUCUCAAAAUAAAGCAAACAAAGACAGACUGAAGAAUCUCCAGAAAGCCAGACUCAUCUUUCAGGAUCAUUUGGGGUUGGAGAUACGAACAAUCUUCAGCAAAACCCAGCUGGUUAAAGGUGAGAAGCUGCAGUUUGUUUUUCGAAACAUCAACCCCUCUGAUCCGGACAGCGCCUACGUUAUCACGAUGGGGAUUAAUGAAAGUGGAUCAUACCAGAUUGUCUCCAGCGACCCUGUGCUCGAGUGUUUGCCAGUCUUGGAAAGCCGACUUCUGGAGACCAAUAAUUUAUCAGCGUUCCUGGCAAAUGUGAGGAAGGAGUUUAUCUCUCAGACACGCCGCUAAAAUGGAAAUGAAGGGACUAAAAGCAAAUUUCUAUUGAAUAUUUGGCAUUGCUGUGUUUAGGAUUGUUUAGGAUUUGAUUCAGGCAUCAGAUGAUUUAACACUGCUUAACUGAGGUAGCUCUUCAACAUAGGUUGAUGGGAAAUGGCCUGUCUGGCCAUUCAGCAUGCCAAACCACCAACCAUUUUCUUCCUUGGAAUAAAUGUCUAGUAGGUCUCCUGUGAAACAUCAUUUUUAUCAGUUACAUUUUCAACCUUAACCACUGUUUCUAAUAAACUGAGUGUCACUUACCUUCAUUCAAAGCCAGUUCAUCAUCGUGUUCAGGGGUGAAGUUAUAAAGGGCCUUGCAUUUUCCUAUACUGCACAACUCUGGGGUUGUUUUAUCUGCUAAAAAUGUUUCAGUGCGUUAAUUUCACAAUGCAUUUCCAGAUGUUGUCAUUUGAAAUAAACAUUUGUGUCUGUGCUUGGUA